CAAGGCGGCUAGUUCAAGUUGCCAUAGCGGCGAGGCGCAGAGGGCGCGAAGCUACGCUGGGCGGUUUCAAGAUACCAAUGGCAGAUUCAUCUAGCGAUUCAGACAACUUUCUUAGGGGUCGAAUAGGAAGGCGGCUGCCUUUGCGAGCAACUCGCAACAGAGCUUGGAACCAUGGUGCUGAAGAAGUUACAGAAAAGAUCCAUACUUUAGCAAGUACUUUACAGGAUACCAACAGAAAUCUGAGACACGUUGACCAUAUGCUAGGACAAUACAGAGAAUACAACAAGGAACAAACCGAAGCCAUAGCAACUUUAAAAGAAACACUGGAACAGUCCAUAGGUCAGUUAAGGAGCCAACGGUUAACUCGAAACUCUGGAAUGAGAAGUGCUUCUCUUUCAAGCUUAUACACUAGUGAUCUGGAUGGAGAAGCAGUUGCAGGGAACCAUCACUUCCUGCCUACUUCUCCUCUCAGGGAUUAUGGAGACUCACAGGGCAAUAGACAUCGAAGGUCUAGAUCUGCAAGUGUUCGAUUUGUCAAUGAGGCAGAUAAUUUGGACCAGCUGCAUUCUUUCCACCAGUCUGUUCGAGAUCUCAGUAGUGAACAAGUUCGCCUAGGAGCUGACAUCAGUCGGGAGCUUGCAAGAAGAAACCGGACUGAUGCAGAAAUGAGAAGGACUCUAGCAGAGUUGUCUGAAAAGCUCACUGAAUCUCAAAGACAAGAAAUGGUGUCAGAACGAGUAGAGAGAAGACUUCAAGAGGUAGAACAAGAAAUGCGUGCAGAAAGACAGCUUGUAGAAAGGCGCCAAGACCAACUGGGACAAAUGUCCAUUCAAUUGCAAGAGGCUUUAAAGAAAUGUGAUGCUAAAGCAGAUGAAACAGAAGAACUCAUGAAAAAUAAAUUUGUGAAAUAUGAAAGUGAAAAGAACCAACUUAAGCAAGAAUUGGAGCUGUCGCGGAAAAAGUUGGAUCAGUCAGAAGGCAGUCGAGAAGCUCUUUUGCAUCAGAUUGAGGAUCUUCGCUCCCGACUCUUGAGAGCAGAAGAGGCUCGUGUAGAGCUACAACAUCAAAUUUCACAUGUUGCUAUGCAUCACCAGAGCUACCAUGAUGAACAUGAAGAUGACAAGAGAAUUAGAACAGUAGCUGAAAAAUAUGAGAGAGAAAAGCAAGAACUGGAGAAACUCAUUUUGGAGCUAAAAGCAAAGCUGAAUCAUAAUGCUGUAAUGUCAGAGGUAGAAGAAUUAAAGAGAUGCAUAGAGCGUAAGGAGAAGGAGAAAGCACAGCUUGCAGAACACAUACAGGUGUUAACAUCUGACCUGGAAAACAGGGAAAAGCAGCAGCAAAAAAUGCUGGACCAGCUGAAGGAAAUACAGAGUUCCUACAAGGCUUGUGAGAGUGGACGUAGGCAAACUGAACUCCAGGCUGCUGAGCUAGCUCAGCAAGUUGAAGAGAGUGCCAAGGAAGCAGAACGAUACCUCACCGAAUUCAAGCAUUCAGAGGCACUCAGGCUAGAGACAGAGAAAAAAAAAGAUGAUUUGAAGGUGAGAGCACAGGAAACCAUCAGACAGUGGAAGCUGAAAUGUAAGAAACUGGAUCGUGAGAUGGAAAAACAAAAUGAAACUAUCAAUGAUCUAAUGAACAAGAACAGUCAGGCUGUGAAAGAAAAAGAUGAUCUCAAAAGUCAGCUUCUCUCUGCUAUACACCAAAUAGAAAACCUUCAGAAGGAACUGAAUGAUGUGCUUACAAAGAGGGCCCGGCAGGAAGAGGAACUCCAUUGCAAAGAGGUAAAGCUGAAUGAGAUGAAGUCUCAUCAGAUAUCUCUGGAGGAAGAGAUCAAAGAAGCCCAAGGUACUGUAAAUAAAUUGGAGAAUGAGUUGAAAAAGCAGGUCUUUAUACAAAAUCAGAUGCAAGUUGAAAAGGAACACUUGGAAGGAGAACUUGCAACUACUAAUUUGAUCCAUGAAAAAGAUCAGGAAAGACUCUUAGAAAUGCAAGCAGAUGUAAAAAACUUAAGCGCUAUACGUGCGGAACUAACAAACAGAAUAGCAGAGGAAGAGAAAACCAGAAAGGAGUUACAUAAGAACCUCUCAGAUCUCCAGAAACAGCAGGAAUCUAAGCGUCAUGAGAUGACUUCAGCUAACAGGCAAUUGAAGAUGGAAAGAGAAGUUCACCAGCAGGAGCUGGCAGAUCUUAGGUCAGAGUUACAGAAUGUUAAAAUCAAACAUGAACAAAAUGUUCAAGAGUUAACGAAGCUCCUUAAGCAAGAAAAGGAUGAUGCAGAGGCUCAGAUUAGGAUGCUAAAGAUGGAACUUGUGGAAGAGAAGAACAUAGUCAAGACUCAGUGUCGGCAACUGGAGAAGAUAAAAAUUGAGUGUGAUAAGUUGGCAGAAGAAUUAACCCAGAAUGAAGAGGAAAAUAUAAAACUUAGGCAAAAAUAUGAGUUUGUAAAACAAGAAUUGGAGAAAAAGGACAAACAGAUCAGCAAUGAAGAAGAACAUUUGAGAAGGAUGGAUGAAGCCAGACUGCAGUUCAAGGAUCAUCUGCAUCAUUUAGAAAUGGAACAGGAAUCCAUUCUCACUAUGAUAGGAAGUGAAAUUGAUGCUGCUUGUGAAAUUCUUUCUCGGGACUCUGCAGAGAAAUUCAAAGCAAUAGCACUUACACCUGUGUUGCUGAAUGAUCCUCAUCGCUGGUUAGCAGAAACAAAGACUAAGCUUCAGUGGCUGUGUGAGGAGGUGAAGGAGAGAGAAAGUAAGGAAAAGGAGCUGCGAUGCUACCUACGGCAGAGCCGAGAAGAGCUCAAGCACUUUGCGCAGAUGAAGGAGUCUGAACAUCAAUCUCUCUUUAAACGAAUAAAAAAGCAAGAACAACUUUUGGAAGAAGUUCACAGAGAAAAGAGAGAGCUGCUAGAAAAGAUCCUAAGAAGAGAGGAAGAAUUAGGAUCCCUACAGGAGCGUAUUAAGGCCCUAGAAAUGAGUACUCAAGUAGUUUUAGACAACCUGGAGUCUUUUCCUGAGAAACUGAGCCAGUUAGAAGAUUUCAAAGAUGUUGGAGAGUCACAUUGCCGAAGGGAGAUGAUAGAAGAACGGUAUAUGAAGUAUAAAGAAAUAGUGAGUUCCCUACAGCGGCAACUGGAAGAUUCAAAAAAAAAAUACCAGCAGUUUAAGGAUGUGAAAAUUGACGCUGAAAUUUCUAACAUAGAAGUGGCUGCUCCCUUUUCUACUUGGCGAACUCAAAGCAGCUUUUUGUCCAGCCCACUUCUUUCAGAUUCAGGUUCAUUUAUAAAAAAAAUGAUUCCUUUUGAUAUAAGUGCUGCCAAGGAAGAUCCCAUUAAUGUUGCUGUCAGUGAAAUGAAGUCACAAGCAGAAAGAGGGAAGCAGUAG